GUGAAGAUAGCACUGCAGCUCAGCUUGAGUGAUCCGUCAAUUUUUCAGCAAAAGUAAGUCGGAUACGAGGCAUCGUUGAAGUAAGAGGUUGCGGAGCGAUUGUAAUAUUGGGAAUUUCGUAGAGAUCAAAAUGCCGACCUACAAGCUCAGCUACUUGAACGUCACCGGUCUCGGCGAGCCGCUCCGGUUCCUGCUGAGCUAUGGCGGAGCCGACUUCGAGGACAACCGCAUCAAUUUCGAGGACUGGCCCAAGCAGAAGCCGAAGAUGCCGAUGGAGCAGGUGCCGAUCUUGGAGUUCGACGGUAAGAUCUACCACCAGACCCGCGCGAUUGGCCGUUUCCUCGCCAAGAAGUACAAGCUCUACGGCAACGACGAGCUCCAGGACCUCGAGAUCGACCUGAACGUCGACGACGUCGAGGACUGGAGAACCAAUUUCUCGAGGUUCUUCCGCGAGGCCGACGAGACCCAAAAGGCCAAGCUGAAGGCGUUCGCCCUCGAGAAGACGCCCUUCUACCUCGGCAAGUUCGAGGAGCGAGUGAAGAAGAACGGCGGCUACUUCGUCGCUGGCAAGCUGUCUUGGGCCGACGUCCACUUCGCCGCGAUCGCCGAGCUCAUCAACAACUUCUCGGAGAAGAACAACCUGGAGUCGUAUCCCGCGUUGACGAAGCUCUACGAGACCGUCCGCUCCGAGCCCAAGAUCAAGGCUUACCUCGAGAAGCGGCCAAAGACCGUUUUGUAAUAAAUUUCAUUUUUGUGCGUUCGCAUUAUAUAAUAAAUACGUUGUUUCGACAUCACAAUAA